UUUGCCAUUCGUUUGGAAAUAAGAAAUAAAUAAAUAAAUAACAUUGGUUUGUUUACUAAAAUGCUUUCGCUGCGCUCCCUUUGCCGAACUUGUGGUAAAAACCUGGAGAAUUUGUCAAGUACAAAGCUGUUUUCAAAGUCCAACUAUCAAUUAAUUACUCUGAUUGAAAAUAUAACCGAUAUGUUUUUAAAUUUCGACAACCACAUGCCGGAGCUAAUAUGCCAAAAAUGCAAAAUUCAGCUGAACAAAAUGCUUGGCUUUCAAAAAAUGUGCCUGGAAGCUCAUAAGACCUUUCUAGAGUUUAAAAAGAAAGAAGCUCAAACUAAUAAUUCUGAAGAAGAAUAUUCAAUUGAGUACCACGAUGUUGAAGAUAAAGAAGCCCAGGAAGAUGAAGAAGAUAUGGAUGAAGUUGAUAAUGGGAAUUCUAUUCCACAAGAAGACGAGGAGGACCAACAACAUGAAGGGGAAUGUCAACAAGAGCAGGAUCAGCAACAGAUUCAAGAGCCGGAGGAUGACGAGAAGAAACGAAGUAGUCCUCCGACCCCUAAAAAAAGCCAGGCUAGACAGGCCAGAUUGGUGAGACGAAGUGCAAAAACGUGGAUUUGUGAGCAAUGCGGCGGAGAGUUUAAGUGUUCUACUUACCUCAAGCUCCACCAGCUGCGACACACUGGACAGAAGCCUUUCGAGUGCGAUGUUUGCCACGCCAAGUACUACACAGAAAAUGAGAUGCAGCGGCAUCGAGUCCUGCACUCUGAUGCUCGUCCAUAUGCCUGCCGUUUCUGCCCAAAAACUUUUCGCGGCUGCAGCAGUAAGGCCGUUCACGAAAGAUCCCACACCAACGAGCGACCCUUUCAAUGUCAGUAUUGUGACAAAGCCUUUACCUCAACAUCCACAAAGCAAAGGCACGAAAUGAUGCACACAAACAAUCGAAAAUUUCACUGCGAUACAUGUGACCAGUGGUUUUUGCGCUCCACGCACUUGGCUUUGCACAAAAGCACCAAACUCCAUAAGAAAAGACUUGUUAACUCGGCCUUAUCAACUUAAUUAUAAUUAAUAUUAUUAACCUUACGUUUACAUCGGGAUAACCAACCAAGAAGUGCAAAUAAAUGUAGCAUUAGGCCC